UCUACACAUCAUGUCCGACUCUGCUGUCGAUGGCGCGAACGGCACUGGAGCUAAUUCUUCAGCUCCAGCACAGACCACAGCUAGCACAACCAAUCUGCCCCCGCAGCCACAGCAGCAACAACAGACUACAGCACCAUCUCAAACGCCACAGACGCAGCAGGACGUAGACAGGAUCGUUUUGAAUUACUUGAAUCAGAAGGGCUAUAGGCAAGCAGAGAUCGCACUUAAGCGGGAGGCAAAUCUCAUGACUCUUGAGGAACUGGAGGCGUCAUUUGCCUCGGGAGUAGAACAAGAGGGCACUUUUAAUGCAGGCGCAUCUAGGACCGCUACAGCCACUCAACCCAAGAAACAUGAUAAGGACGAUUUGGCAAGCCCAGACGCUUAUGAACAAGCAUACUCAUCCCUCAGACGAUGGGUUGAGAGCUCAUUGGAUUUAUACAAGCCAGAGCUUAUUUCGAUCUUGUUUCCAUUAUUCGUGCAUAGUUACUUGAAUCUUGUGAGCCGAGGAUUGAAAGACCAAGCAAGUACAUUCAUGAACAACUUUCGCGCCGAUCAUUUGGAAAUGCAUCCACAGGAUAUAGCUCGGCUGGCCACUAUCACGGAUGCACAACACGUGGCGGAGAAUGAAUUAGCACAGAUGUAUAAAACUAACAAAUAUCAUCUACGCAUGGCUCCUGUUUCAUUUGAGCUCCUUAUCGCGUUUUUGGAAGACAACAAAUUCAUUGUGUUACUCAGAAUUGUAAACCAGCAUCUAGAUAUCCAUGUUGGAGCAGCAAACGCAAAUGAGGAUGAUGUCAUCGGCAUUGUUGGGCAUGGGACACAUCAGCUGUCAACUUUUAACCAACAGAGCGUUACAUUGGGACCUAUGCCUCCGGAUGCCGGACUACGGGAACAGGUAGAACAAAGCUUGAAGGAAGAGGAACUCCAAGCAGCAGCGAGUGGUGAUGCAGUUAUGGGUAGCGAAGCCCCGACAUCCCUCAUGGAAGAGUACAGAAAAGUGAAGACAGAGGCGGGCGUUGACUCACCAUCACGGGAUGAUGUUCCUUUGCCACCUUUCAAGGGCAGCGACAUUCAGGCAGAAGUUGAAGCGCUUCGUGAUUCUCGAAAACGUGCGGCUUUAGGGCCUACUAGUCUUCCUUCAAUAUGCAUGUACACUUUUCAUAACGCGCAUGAGAAUAUUAACUGUGUGGCAGUCUCCGAGGAUGCAACAUUAAUGGCGGCAGGAUUUUCAGAGUCUUUUGUCAAACUCUGGAGUUUGAAUGGUGAAAAGCUACGGGGAUUCAAGAGUAAUUUCAACCCGGCACAUAUUAACGACUCUAAUGACCUGAACAGGGUCCGAGAGAAGAAUGGCUCAGACUCAAAAAAAUUAAUUGGACAUGCAGGACCUGUCUUUGGGGCCAGCUUUAGUCCAGACAACAAAUAUCUCAUUACAUGCUCCGAAGAUAAGACUGCACGCCUCUGGAGCACCAACACACUGACCAAUCUUGUGUGCUAUAAGGGGCAUAAUUAUCCAGUAUGGGAUGUGGAUUUUGGACCCCAAGGAUUCUAUUUCGCUACUGCUUCACAUGAUAGAACUGCUCGUCUUUGGAGUUGUGAUCAUAUCUACCCAUUACGUAUUUUCGCUGGACAUCUUUCAGACGUGGAUGCAGUGAAAUUUCAUCCAAAUUCAAAAUAUAUUGUGACAGGAUCAAGUGACAAGACUGCAAGGUUGUGGGACAUUCAACGAGGAACCUGUGUGCGCGUAUUUACAGGACACAUGGGCGCUGUUCAGGCAAUUGCUAUGUCACCUGAUGGUCGUAUGAUGGCUUCUGCAGGAGUAGACAAAUCGAUUCAAUUAUGGGAUCUUGGCUCAGGGAAGCGUAUGAAAAAGAUGACAGGACACCAGGGUCUCGUUUAUUCUCUCGCAUUUAGCCAAGAUGGGAGUCUGUUGGUCUCCGGUAGUGCAGAUUCAACAGUUAGGACUUGGGAUAUUAAAAAGGAUACUUCGUCAUCACAGCAUCGUAUUCUGCACGAUGGCCGUGAUGGUGUGACAAGUAUAAAUGGCCCAGCGAGUGCAUCUGCGAUAUCAUCUCCUACAGUAACCUAUGGCCGUUCACAUUCACCCGCUUUAGAUAGACUACAAAAGAAGGCUCUGCUCUCUAGUCCAUUGGAGUCUGAGGACCUCUUGGCAACAUUUCCGACCAAGCGGACGCCAGUCUACAAGGUUCAAUUUACAAAGAGAAACUUGUGUUUGGCUGUAGGAGCGUUUGCAGGCUCCAAUUAAUG